UGUUGAUAUUUUCGAAACGACAUUAGACUUCUACAGUGUUAAAAACUGCAAGGAAUGAUUUAGACUCUUUUCCUUGCUACUAAAGACUAAGGAAUUGAGUAAUUUGUCAAAGGUUUAUGCGGGCCAAUUGGAGGUGACGGUACUUGGUGUUACAGGGGUUCUUCCGUCGUAUCUACUUAUAUUCGAUGGACUUUAAUUUUUCGCACACUUCAGCAUAUUUGGUGAAUGCAGAAUACUGAAUGAAAUGAGUUUAGGAAGAAGUUCUCGAGAAGUUGUAUACAUUAAAGCCAAACUUAGCACAGAAAGUGGUACUGACCAAUAUAAGAAAUUCGCAAUUGAUCCAAAUAUUACAGAUUACAAAGUUCUUUUUGGUUUGCUGCGUAAAUGCUUUGAUAUUAACUGUGAUUUCUCGGUGUGUUACUUGGCUAUUGAUGAAUUCGGUGAACAGUUUUAUUUACCUUUACAAUCCGACUGGGAUCUGGAUGCGUCGAUAGUCACGUCAUCUGAUUCCACUUUGCGACUUAAAAUAACCCUAAAGCCUAAAGUUUCUGAUCUUCAAGACUGGGAUAUUAUUAUUCCAAGUGGUGUUCAGUCUAUCUCCAGAAGAAGAAAGUCGCAAAAUGAUACAAAAAAUGAUCUAACAUUCAGUGAUUCUAAAGGACCAUCACUUUUUUCACAAAUUACUCAACGACUUGAAAAAACUGUUGCAAAUAUGCGUAAGGCUAUAGGAAUUGGAAUGGAUGGAGAUGAUAUGUUUCACACUAUCCAUCCUCCGAUAUCAGAAUUACAAAUGAGAUUAUACAUGGAUGAUAAUGGACGCAUUAUAUAUCUAAAUCAAUUCUACCUAGAUGUUUAUCUAAAUGGUCUAGAGCACAGUUUACGUAAAGUUGGUUGGCGUAUAUUAUUAUCAGUUUGUCCAGCGGACACAACCGGUCAAGAACGUUUUCAUUUACUGGAUAUCAAAGCGCAACAGUAUGCUACUCUUAAGGAAAAUUGGAAAAAGUUAUACGUAAUGGGUUUGAUGUCUGAACAUCAACUAUCUACAUUAGCUUCAAUAAGCAUAGAUGUUGUUCGUACAGAUUGGAAAGAAGACUAUUAUCGUUCUGUUGGCAACCAUCAUCGAGUGUGUCAAUUGUUUGAUAUUCUAGCUACUUAUUGUAUACAUCACCCAAAUAUUGGAUAUUGUCAAGGUAUGUCAGAUUUGGCCAGUCCAUUAUUAGUUGUUCAAAGUGAUGAAGCAUUGGCAUAUCUCUCGUUUUGCGCUUUAAUGCAACGUGUUAAAUUCAAAUUUGGUGAUACGCAGCAAUCUAUAUUAAUUAACAAUAUGCAAGAUUUACACGAUCUUCUAACGUAUACAGAUGGUGAAUUAGCACAAUUUUUCCGUGAACAUAAUUUAGCCAACAUGUAUUUUACUCAACGUUGGUUUGUCUUAGAAUUAAAACGUGAAUUUAACUUUGAUGAAUCUUUACGUAUGCUUGAAUCACAAUGGGCUGCUUUAUGUCUUAUAAAAAAUAAUAGUUUAACUGAAAUUGAAACUUGCAAUUCUAAAUCUGAAGGUUAUCUUGUUUUAACUGAUGGUACAUGUAAUUUGUACAUGCCGAAUUCUUCAAUCACGUCAACAAAUUCUCUUAACUGGUAUCAUUACACAGCAAGAGAUGUUAGUCUAAUCAAUUCUUUAAUAGGUUCAAAUUAUGUUGUUGACUUGAAAAAAAAAGGAUGCACUACUGUGUUUAACCCAGACAUUAUUAGACAAGACCAUCCAUCUUCUGCUUCUCCCCCUCCUCAAUUUAUCCCUUCUGAUGCCCACUUCUCAUGUAAAUUAUCUAAUAAAGAUGAUCAUUCUGGAAAUUCACAACAAACCUCAUCUGAGACGUUAAUUACAGAAACUCAAUUUGAAAUUAUCUCUAAUGAAUCACUAUUGGAUUUUGCUGACUCUGUAAAAAAACAGUCUUUACAUUUGACACCAACUAAACGACUAUCUUCAUUUUCUAUUGAAAAUGAACCUAUUCAUAUUAGAACUAAUGUAACACAUUUACGACCACCGAAUCAAUUCGGUCAGGGUAACCCAUUUCUCCUGUUUCUCAGUUUAUCAUUAAUCUUAGAAUAUAAAGAGGUAAUUAUGCUAGAAAUUAAAGAACCUGGAGAUAUUAUACAAUUCUAUCAACAACAAUCUGGUAAACAUAAUUGUUCUAGAAUAUUAUAUCGUGCGAAAAAGUUAUUUAAUAAAUACUUAGAAGAAAAUAAUUUCCAAUUUUUUAGUUAAACUUUAUAUACUAAUAACUGUACAGUCGUAGAGAAAAAAUCCAGCUAAUACAAACUCACUCAACCAUACAUGACAUUACUGUAUUCUCAUUUUGUAUCAUUAUUUUGUUUUCUUUUAAUUAUUUGUUUGUUCGUUUUUUAAUAUUAACUUUGUAUUGUUAUAAUUAAUAAUUUUGUUAAUUAACCAACAUUACUUCGAAACAGAUCUUACAGUACAACAACAACAACAACCUAUUUUCACUGUGAUAAUCAACAUAUCUAUUUCUCUUUCAGAUUUUGAAAUAAAAAUAUUUUCGU